CAUACGACUGCAAGUGCAUCAAUGCGCUCAACGGGCAAUCGCGCUACUUUAAUCUGCUAGCGUUGGUGGCCAGCUGAUCGCAUGAUUUGAGCUGCUACAAUACAGGAAGCAAUGAGCCGCGCGGCAGGCGGCAGGCGGUUUGCAGCGCUCCUUGCCAGGGGCUGGCCAGCGCAUGUGGAGCGAGAGGCAGCAGCCGGGUGGCUGAGUGCAGGCGAACGGGGCCGGGCGUUUCACCCUGCAGCCGUCCUGUUGCACCCCUUCAGCUCCACUGCUGGUGGCGUGCCGGCUGACCAGCUACCGCUGCCAGAGGCCAAGCUCAAAGAUGAUGUGGAGGAUGCGAUACGUGGGGAGGCUGAGGAAUUGCCCGCGAUAGGGCAGGAGGAGGCGGCGCUGGCGACCGCGGCAGCCGCCAUCCCUGGCCAGCAGCCCAUGGCAACUGACGCCAUUGCGGCACUCCCUAUGGGGCAGGCGCUGCGGCAGGAGGCGCUAGUGCAGGGCCACACCUGGGCCUUUGAGACCGGCAAGCUGGCGCGGCUGGCCAACGGCUCGUGCCUGGUGCAAUGCGGCAACACCACGGUGCUGGCGGCGGCCACCUGCCAGCUGCCGCCGUGGAGCCGGCGGGAGGCGCAGAGCCUGCAGUUUGAGGUGGAUUACCGCGAGAAGCUCUAUGCGGUGGGCCGCAUCCCCGGCACCUACAACAAGCGAGAGGGGACAGCCAAGGAGCAUGAAGUGCUGGCAGGGCGGCGCAUUGGGCGCGCAUUACGCCCCCUCUUCCCCAAGGGCUUCGCCCUGGAUGCAGCAGUGUUUGCCAGCGUGCUCAGCGCCGAUGGCGGCUGCGAUCCAGAAGUGAUGGCGGUCAGCUCAGCGUCUGCGGCCCUUCUGUGCUCAGACAUGCCGUGGGCCGGGCCGGUGGCGGCGGCACGCGUGGCCAUGCUGCAUGACGGCCAGUUGGUGGUGGGGCCCUCGGUGGAGCAGCAAGAGGCGGCGGUGCUGGACCUGUUGGUGGCUGCCACCGCAGAUGGCCGCGUGACGAUGCUGGAGGCAGAUGGGGAGCAGGUGCCUGAGACGCAGUUUUUGAACGCGCUGCAUCUGGCGGUGUCCACAACGCAGCAGCUGAUUAAGCCGCAGAUGCAACUAGCAGAACAAACACGGCGGCAAACGCGGCCAACACAGCUGUCGGGCGCCGACCCGGCAGCGGCGCCAAAGGUGGCUGAGCUUGCCACACCGCUAGUUGAGGCGAUCUUGCGGGAUGAUAAGCUGACGAAGUCCACCAGGACGAUAGCACUGCAGCAGGCCAAGGACAGCGUGCUGGCACGUCUCAAGGCCAACGGCUCCUUCAGAACUGAGUUUGCCCGGGUGCCAGGCUCAGGGUGCGUGAGCCCCGCUGACUUGGAGCACGCCUUCACCGCCGUGCUGUCCUCGGCUCUGCGCCGGCUGGCGGUGGAGGAGGGGUGGCGCUGCGACGGGCGCGGUGCCAUUGAUGUGCGGCCUGUGCACUGCGAGGUGGACUCUGUGCCUGUGGUGCACGGCUCGGCGCUGUUCAGCCGUGGCGAGACGCAGUCGCUGUGCACGGUGACCGUGGGGCGCCGCCAGGAGCAGCAGAAGAUGGAGUCGCUGCUGGGCGGCGAGGGCGUCAAGCGCUUGUUUGUCAACUACAGCUUCCCGCCCUUUGCUGUGGGCGAAACUUCAACCAGUGGCAUGCGCCGCGAGAUGGGGCACAGCGACCUGGCGGAACGUGCGCUGCUGCCCGUCAUCCCCGACAUGCAAGCCUUCCCCUUCAGCCUGCGCCUCAAUGCGGAGACCUUGGCCUCAGCAGGCAGCAGCAGCAUGGCGGCGGUGUGCGGUGGCGCGCUGGCGCUGGCAGAUGCAGGGGUGCCGUUGAAGGCGCUGGUGGCAGGUGUCACUGUGGGCCUGCUGACCGAGAGCAGUUGGGGCGGCGAGUUGCGGCUGUUGAGCUCGGUUGCGCUGGGCAUGGAGGACCAGCUGGGAGACAUGGACCUUAAAGUAGCAGGCACGAGCCAGGGCAUCACGGCAUGCCAGCUGGAUGUGAAGCUGCAGGGUGGCGUUCCCCUUGAGAUUCUGAACGAGGCCAUUGGGCUGGCAGCGCGUGGACGUGCCAAGCUGCUGGGCAUCAUGGAGAAGGCGCUACCCGAGAAGCGUGGUGCCUCGGCGCCCAUGUUUGGCAGCGUGAAGGUGCCGGAGGCCAUGAUGGGGCGCGUGAUUGGCAGCGGCGGCGCAAACCUGAAGGACAUGGAGGAGCGGCUGGAUGUGCGGGUGGAUGUGGGUGAUGACGGCGUCAUCAACGUGUUUGCGCCCAGCCAAAAUGGCUAUCAGGCUGCCGAGGCCCGCAUCCUGGAUCUGACUGGGGAGAGCGUCAAGGAGGGCGCCGUCUACCGCGGAACUGUGACGCGGCUGAUGGACUUUGGGGCCAUGGUAGAGCUGGAGCCCAGCGGGCUGCGCGCGUUGCUACACAUCUCUGAAGUAUCAGCGCAACGCGUGCGCAGCAUUGAUGACGUGCUGCAGAUCGGACAGCAGGUGGAGGUGAUGUGCGUGGGCCGUGACCCCAAGGGACAGGUCAAGCUCAGCCGAAAGGCCGUGCUGGCCCACAAUGCGCAGCAACAGGCGGCAAAGUCGGUGGCUGGCGGUGGCGGUUUUGACAAUGACAAGUGAUUGCUAAAAGGCGCCUCUGCCCUUGCAUGAUUGCUGAUCGUGAUCAUGCCUGUCAUUAUGUGAAACGCGAUUUCAUGUUUCACAAACAAUUUUGCCUUUCACAUUUGAUGGCGGCCGGCCAAA